CCUGUACAGCAACCGCUUUAGUGGGCAGAUACCUGAAGAAAUUGUUAGGCUGCAAACUCUAAGAAUGUAAGCAAACUCUAAGAAUGUUGGAUUUACGGGACAAUGAUUUAACUGGUGUUAUCCCACCCAACAUUGGCAAUCUUCACAACUUGGAUUUGUUCACCAUAGAAGCAAACAGGAUUACAGGACUUUUACCAAAAGAAUUUAGCCUACUUCAAAGCUUGGAGGAAGCAUCAUUGGCGUAUACGAGCUUGUCUGGUAUGGUUGAAGCAGGGAUCUUCAACAUGUCAACUCUUCGAAUUCUUACACUUUCUAAAACUGGCAUGGCGGGCAGUCUUCCAUCAAAUAUAUUCUACGGUCUUCCGGCUAUUGAGGCUCUUCUCUUAGAUCAGAAUGACCUUACAGGAGAAAUACCUCACUCCCUCUCUAAUUGUUCCAAUCUUAAGAUCCUCGCCCUUAGUAGUAACGAAUUCACUGGUUCGAUACCUCACUCUUUUGGCAACCUAAGACUCCUCGAGAGACUUCAAUUGGCCAACAACAAUCUUAGGAUUGAGUCAUCCACUCAAGAAUUGAGCUUCAUUACUUCCUUAGCUAAUUGCAAGUUUUUGACUCACUUGGAGAUUGCAGAGAAUCCUCUGAUGAAUGGAGACAUUCCAUCUUCUAUAGGAAACUUAUCAUCAUUGCAGAAUUUUAAUGCCCUUGGUUGUAGAAUCAAGGGUGUCAUACCUGCAGAAAUUGGCAACUUAAGCGAGCUGGUAAAAAUGAGGUUAGACAAUAAUGAGUUGACUGGUGAGAUACCUUUUUCUGUCAAACAGUUGCAUAAGCUUCAGGGAUUAUAUCUCGUAAACAACAAGAUGGGAGGCUCUAUAGAGGCUUUGUGCAAUGUCCUCAGCUUGGCUUAUUUAGGAUUGAGCAAAAAUCGAUUUUCAGGUCCAAUUCCAGAAUGUCUUGGACAUGUUGCAUCUUUAAGAGUUCUUUUUCUUGAUUCUAACAUGCUGACAUCGAGUAUACCUUUGAGCCUCUGGAGCCUCAGAGAUAUACUGCUAAUGGAGCUUUCCGGGAAUUCGUUGAGUGGGUUCAUUGCUCCAGAGAUUGGUAAUUUAGUGAGCAUUGGCAUUUUGAAUCUUUCAAUGAACAAUCUGUCAGGUUCUAUUCCAAGCACAAUUGGGAAGCUGGAAAAUAUUAAUGUACUUUCACUGGGGCAUAAUGAACUUAAAGGUUCGAUUCCUAUGUCCAUGGGGAGCAUGAUUGGUUUGGAAAACUUAGACUUGUCUUACAACAAACUCUCUGGUCCAAUCCCCAAGUCUUUGGAGGCUUUACGGCAGCUUAACUACUUUAAUGUGUCGUUUAAUUCAUUAACAGGUGAAAUCCCCAGCGAUGGUCCAUUCAGAAACUUCACUGGUGAAUCCUUUAAAGCUAAUAAGGGAUUAUGUGGCAUUGAACAGUUCCAUGUCACACCUUGCUCGAGACUGAGGAGGAGAACGGCUCGCCUGGCAAUUUUUAUUUCAUGCGGGGCUACUGUUUUCAUCAUUGUUGUCUUGGCUUGCAUCUUCAUAGUAAGGUAUAGAAAAGAAGGCAAAGAAAGAAGUAGAUUUAAUGAGCUAAUGCCGGUUUUACCAGAGAGAGUUUCAUAUUAUGAACUCUUGAAAGCAACUGAAGAGCUCAAUGAAAACAACUUAUUAGGCGUGGGGAGCUUCGGUUCUGUUUACAAAGUUGAUUUUGGAGAGAGGAAGAUCUUAGCUGUGAAGGUGUUUAACUUACAAUCAGAAUCUGCUUUCAAUAGUUUUGAUGUGGAAUGUGAAGUAUUGCGCAGCAUUCGUCACCGUAAUCUCACCAAAGUCUUGGGCAGCUGCUCCAAUAAGGAAUUCAAGGCAUUAAUACUCGAGUAUAUGCCGAAUGGAAACCUUGAGAAAUGGUUGCAUUCUCAAAAUGAUUUUUUAGAUGUCUCUCAGAGGUUGAACAUAAUGAUUGAUGUUGCCUCCGCGAUGGAAUAUCUCCACCAUGGUUGCUCACCUCCAAUAGUCCAUUGUGAUUUGAAGCCAAGCAAUAUCCUGCUGGAUGUGGACAUGGUUGCUCAUGUAAGCGACUUUGGAAUUGCCAAAUUGUUAGGUGAUGGUGACAGCGUCACACUCACUAACACCUUUGCUACGCUCGGUUACAUUGCACCUGAGUAUGGUUUGGAAGGGAUAGUUUCGACAAGGCCAAGCGAUGAAAUGUUUCAAGGAGUUUCGAGCUUAAAAAAUUGGGUCGAAGACUUGAUUCCAAAGUCGUUGGAUGAGACAACUUCAGACGUUAUAAAUGUCUACAUUGAGCAUUCAUUUUAUAUUCGAGAAUUUGAAAAAAAACCAAAAGCCAGCCUCGACACGAAGAUUACAAGCAUGGGGAGAAUAAGGAUGUUUGUUUUCAGAAUACUCCUACUCUUAGUCUUAGUGAUCAUCUCCAAAAUGCCUUGUCCAGCAGCAACCUCCACCAACAUCGCCACCGAUCAAUCAGCUCUUCUUGCUCUCAAAACAAGUAUCACUUCAGAUCCUCUUGGAAUCAUCACUACCAACUGGACUGAUUCAAGCUCGGUCUGCUCUUGGAUUGGUGUCACUUGCAGCAUCCGUCAUCAUCGAGUGGCUGCACUGAACAUAUCCUACAUGGGCGUCACGGGCACCAUCCCACCUCAUCUAGGGAACCUUUCUUUCCUCGUGUCCCUUGACCUCGGAUACAACUCUUUGGGUGUCAUAUUGCCUCAAGAGCUGUCUAAACUUCACAGGUUGAAGACCUUUUCUCUCGGGGUAAACAACUUCAGCGGGGAGAUACCUUCUUGGAUUGGCCAUUUACCUAAGUUGGAAGUUCUUUCUUUGGAAAAUAACAGCUUCACAGGUUCCAUCCCGACUUCCAUUUCCAAUUUGACAAGCCUUGUCAUGCUUGAUUGCUCACACAAUCCUUUACAAGGAACCAUUCCGGAAGAGCUGGGCUACCUGCGUAGCUUGCAGUUCCUCAGUUUGGUAAAUAAUCAGCUAUCAGGUCCUAUACCAUUAUCUAUAUUCAACCUGUCAAGCCUCAAGGGAAUGGCUUUCACAUUUAAUCAAUUGAAUGGGAAUCUUGAUCACAUCGACAUCUGCCGCAACCUUCCAUUUCUUGAAAAAAUGCUCCUAUCAUACAACAGGCUUACCGGCCAAAUUCCUUUGAGUCUUUCGAAAUGCUCGACACUUAAGAGCCUGUCCGUGUCUUCCAACUUCUUUAUGGGAGAAAUACCUAAAGAGCUUUGCAAGAUACAGUCUCUUGAGGGUCUGUAUCUUGGGUUCAACAUGUUAAGAGGUGUGAUUCCAGAAGAGAUCGGCAUGCUUCAAAACCUGAGGAGGUUUGGCGUCGAAGGAAACCGUAUUACUGGCACAGUACCCCUCAGUAUCUUCAACAUUUCUUCUCUGCAAACACUGCAUCUUGGCUAUAACAAUUUUUCUGGCACCCUCCCAAGAGAUAUCGGGAAUUUGACAAUGCUUCAGAUAUUGAAUCUCUCAGAAAAUAACUUCACAGGUGAUUUACCUCAAGAAAUUGGCAAACUUAACCAUCUGGAGUACCUCGCAGUAGAUAACAACAACUUCAUAUGUUCGACAUCACACUGGCUGUUUAACAUAUCAACACUUGUAAUACUUUCACUUUCACGUAUUGACCUGGGAGGCUCUCUUCCAUCAAAUUUUGGCUACAAGCUGCCUCUGAUUGAAGAGCUUUAUCUUGAACGAAAUAACCUUAGUGGAGCUAUACCUGCUUCUAUAUCCAACUGCUCCAAUCUUCGGAUCGUUUCGCUUGCUGGGAACAAAUUAUCCGGUGUCGUACCCCUGUCUUUUGGUGGCCUAAGAAAUCUUGAGGGUCUCUAUCUGUUUUAUAACAAUCUCAGGUUUGAGUCAUCUUCUUCGGAAUUGAGCUUCAUUACUUCCUUGACAAAUUGCAGACGUUUGAAGUACAUCUCAAUCAGCUACAAUCCCCUGGGCGGUAUCAUUCCAUCCAGUGUUGGAAACUUGUCGAAAUCUCUUCAAAACUUUGAGGCUGUUGGUUGUGAUCUGAAAGGGAGCAUUCCUGCAGAAAUUGGCAACUUAAGCAGCUUGGUGACACUUGCUCUACCUAGAAAUGCGUUGACCGGUAACAUUCUACAUUCUGUCGAACAUUUGAAUAUGCUUCAAGGAUUGUAUCUGGAUGGAAACAGCAUGAGAGGCUCUGUUCCAGAGGGACUGUGCAAUUCCCGCAGCUUGGUUGCUUUAUAUUUGAAUAAAAAUGAGUUUUCAGGGCCUAUUCCAGAUUGUCUUGGAAAUCUCACAUCUUUAAAACAUCUUCAUCUGGAUGCAAACAUGAUGAUUUCAAGCAUACCGCCGAGCAUUUGGCAACUCUACAGCUUGUUGGAGUUGACCUUGUCCAAGAAUUCCUUUAGUGGAUUUUUACCACCAGAGAUCAGUAAUUUAACAAUGAUAAAUACCAUUGAUCUCUCGGGGAAUCGAUUUUCUGGGGAAAUUCCUGAAACAGUUGUGAAGCUGCAAACCUUAGGAAGACUUUAUUUGGAUCAUAAUAAUCUGGGAGGCUCCAUUCCUGUGUCCAUGGGAAGCAUGAUCAAUUUGGAAGUUCUCGACUUGUCCUACAAUAAUCUCUCCGGUACUAUCCCACCAUCUUUACAGGAUUUGCAAUACCUCAAAAACUUUAAUGUCUCCUUCAAUGCUCUAACAGGAGAAAUCCCCUCGGGAGGUGCUUUUGGAAAGUUCAAUUCUGAAUCUUUUAUAGGAAAUGAGGCAUUGUGUGGAAUUGAUAAGUUUCAUGUUCCACCCUGCGGCAGAAGGUCCAAGUCGAAAUCAAUGUCGAAAAAGGUGAAACUUGCAUUAAUCAUUGCUGCGGCGGUGAUUGCAUUAGUCACAGCGAUCUGUUUUGCCUUUAUCUUUCUAAUAAGACAUAAAAGGAAAGUUAAGGAAAUCGACACUACUUAUGGCAUGGCGCCUAUUGUACCCGAGAGAUUUUCCUACUAUGACCUCUUGCGAGCUACUGAGAACUUCGGCGAAAGCAAUUUAUUAGGCAUUGGGAGUUUUGGUUCAGUUUACAAAGGUGAUUUUGGAGAGGGGAAGAUCUUAGCUGUGAAGGUGUUUAACUUACAAUCAGAAGCUUCUUUCAAGAGUUUUGAUGUAGAAUGUGAAGUAUUACGUAGCAUUCGUCACAGAAAUCUCACGAAAAUCAUGGGAAGUUGCUCGAACGAGGAGUUCAAGGCAUUAGUACUCGAGUACAUGCCCAACGGAAGCCUUGAAAAAUGGUUAUACUCCGAUAACCAUUGCCUCAAUGUCGAGCAAAGAUUGAACAUAAUGAUUGAUGUUGCAUCUGCAUUGGAGUAUCUUCACCAUGGCUAUUCAACGCCGAUUGUUCAUUGCGACUUGAAGCCCAAUAAUGUUUUGUUAGAUGUAGAUUUGGUCGCUCAUGUGAGCGAUUUCGGGAUUUCUAAGUUGCUCAGCGAGGAGGAGAGCAUUGUACACACCAAUACUCUAGCAACAUUAGGCUACAUUGCUCCAGAGUAUGGUUUGGAAGGGUUAGUUUCAACAAGAUGCGAUGUUUACAGCUUCGGAAUCAUGUUGAUGGAGACUUUCACUAGAAGAAGGCCAAGCGACGAAAUGUUUCGAGGAGAUUUGAGCUUAAAAAAUUGGGUUGAAGACUUGCUUCCGGAGUCAUUGGAUGAGAUAGUUGAUGCCAAUUUGCUGAAUCCAGAGGAUCAUAUAUUUGACAAGGCAUUGCAAUGUGUAGUGUCCGUAUUCGAGUUGAGUUUGAAGUGCGCGGCAGAACAUCCGACGGAUCGGAUGAACAUGAAAGAUGUCUUGGUAGAGCUGAACAAGAUCAAAGGCCUAAUAGUUGCAUGAGAUAUAUGAAACUUUUGCAUUUCUCUAAAAGCUACUGUGUUAAAAAGUGUUGGUGCUUGAUAUGUUUAAUUUCAAUUUUUAUUAUCGACUUCAAUGUCAAAUCUAAAUCUAAUAGGAAAACACCCUAGACUACUUCACAUCUGAUUUCACUUUCCAUUAGUUUCACAAAGAACGUGUUGUCUGUUCCUGACUGAGUAAUCAAAUUCGAACUUUUUUGUCUGGUCUGUAUGACUCCACACGUUAAAGAUCUGUUUAAAUUUUCUACUUA